AUGUUUCCCUUCACUCUUCCAACAUUGGCUAUUGCUGCCGCUCUAGGUCUCCUCAUCUGUCAACUCCUCCCCAAACGGCCCAAGAACCUACCCCCAGGCCCCAGACCCCUCCCCAUCAUCGGCAACGCCCUGGACUUUCCCCCAUCCAACUCCGUUGAGUACCAGCACUGGCUCAAGCACAAGGACACCUAUGGAGGGAUCAGCGCCGUCCACGCCAUGGGCAUGACGCUAGUCAUCCUGCACGACAGACAAGCCGCCCAGGACCUCCUGGAGAGGGACGCCGCCAAGACUUCUGGCCGUCCUGCCAUGAUCUUUGCCAACAAGUACUGCGGGUACGAGGACCUCCUCAGCUCGCAGGGCUACAAUGACACUUUUCGACGGUACCGCAAGCUCCUGCACAGGGAGUUGGGCACCAAGGCGUCUGUGCUCAAGUUCAGCGACUCCCAGGAGGUCGAGGUGCGAAGACACCUGCUCCGCGCCCUGGAGGAGCCGGACAAGUGGCUCGACCACUACAAGACCUCGGCCGGUGCCACCAUCCUCAAGAUGACCUAUGACUACACCAUCGAGCCUCACAGGCCCGAUGUCCUCGUUGACCUCAUCGAGCGCAUGAUGAACGAGUUCUCCCUUGCAGCCGUGCCCCUCGCCUGGUCCGUCGACCUGUUCCCCAUUCUAGGCUACCUCCCCGAGUCCUUCCCCGGUCUGCAGUUCAAGAAGAUCGCCCGCCGAUGGCGCAAGACCAUCCGGGACGUCGGCUACGUCCCCUUCCAGUUCGUCCAGCGCCAGAUGGAGGCCGGACGGGCCAAGACCUCAUACACGUCCAAGGCCAUCGAGUCCUUUGUCACCGUGAACGACGCCACGGGCGUCCCGCAGCUAAACCGCGAGGACGCAGAGUGCAUCGUCUGGACAGCGGCGAGCCUCUACGGCGGCGCCUCGGAUACGACUGUCAUGGUCCUGACCACCUUCACCCUUGCCAUGAUUCAGUGGCCCGACGUUCAGCGCAAGGCGCAGGGAGAGAUUGACCGUGUCGUGGGGACAUCGCGUCUUCCUAGUUUCCAGGAUAGGGGUGAACUGCCCUACGUCAACGCCAUUGUCAAGGAGGCCUUUCGAUGGUGGCCCAUUGCUCCCAUGGGCUUCCCCCACUCCACGGACGAUGACAUUGAGUACAGGGGCUACCACAUCCCCAAGGGAUCGUACCUGAUUCCCGCGGUCUGGUGGUUCCUGCACGACCCAGAGGUGUACUCGUCCCCGGAGGUCUUUGACCCAGAGCGCUUCCUGAAGCCGCGAGACGAGCCAGAUCCGGGGAGCGAUGCUUUUGGGUACGGGCGCAGGGUCUGCCCGGGUCGACACUUUGCUGAUGCGAGCAUCUACCUCAACAUUGUCCAGGCGUUGGCCACAUUCAACAUGGAGCACGCUGUCGACGCAGCGGGGAACAAGAUCCCGGUCCAAGCCCAUGAUACGCACGGCAUCCUGAAUCAUCCAUCCAAGUUCCGCUUCAAGGUGUCGCCCCGCAGCGCGCAGCACGAAGAGCUAAUCCGCAAGGUCGGAGUAGAGCACCCCUGGGAGAAGAGUGAUGCAUCGCUCCUUGGUGGGGAGGGGUGGGCGUGA